AUGAAGAAGGAAAAAACUGCUGAUAAUUGUCGACCUUUCAAACUAGCUCACCAAAUAUUGAGUUUAACGGGAAUAAGUUUUGAUAGAAAAAGCAUUAUUGGAUUUGUUGAAUUGACAGUUGUUCCACUUAGAGACAACUUAAGACAUAUAAAACUAAACGCCAAACAGUGUCGCAUUUACAAAGUUGUUCUGAAUGAGAGUUAUGAGGCUCAGUUCCAGUAUUUUGAUCCAUUCCUUGAUAUAUGCCAAAGUGAUACAGAAACACGCGCUUUGGAGUAUUUUUCAACUCAACAUCUAUCAGCUGCAUUAAAAGUAGAUCCUGAUAAUAGUGCAGGUGAACUUGUUGUUACUGUUCCUAAUGAAGCCGCUCACUUAAUUGCUGAAGGAACAGCUUUGCGCGUCGGAAUUGAAUUUUCAUUAGAACAACCACAAGGAGGGUUACAUUUUGUUGUUCCAGCUGGGGAAGGUUCAUAUGCAGAAAGAGGUGUUCAUUUAUUCACGUAUGGUCAUCAAAAUUCAUCAAGAUUAUGGUUUCCUUGUGUUGAUAGUUUUGCAGAGCCAUGUACUUGGAAAUUAGAAUUUACAGUUGAUGAAAAUAUGACUGCCAUUUCUAAUGGGGAUUUAACAGAAGUGGUUUUUACUCCAGAUAUGCGAAGAAAAACGUUUCAUUAUUCUUUAGCUAUUCCUACUUGCGCCCCAAAUAUCUCUUUGGCAGUGGGUCCUUUUGAAAUCUAUGUGGAUCCUUUUAUGCAUGAAGUAACCCACUUUUGCCUUCCUCAACUUCUCCCUUUAUUAAAAGUAACAACAAAAUGUAUGCACGAAGUUUUUGAAUUUUAUGAAGAAACUUUGUCAAAUCGAUAUCCUUAUUCAUGCUACAAACAAGUUUUUGUGGAUGAAAUUGAUGACGAUUAUAAUUCUUACGCAACGAUGAGUAUUUUAAGUACUAAUUUAUUACAUUCGGCUGUAAUUAUCGACCAGGUUUAUAUAACUAGAAGAGCUAUGGCUCAAGCGAUAGCUGAACAAUUUUUUGGUUGUUUUAUAUCGAUGCAAAAUUGGUCUGAUAUGUGGUUACCAAAAGGAAUAUCUUUAUAUUUAUCCGGAUUAUAUUGCAAAAAAAGUUUUGGUAACAACGAAUAUCGCGAAUUUGUUCAAAGUACUUUGUUAAAUGUUGUUAAAUACGAAGAGGAUUAUGGGGGAAUUAUAUUAGAUCCGAGUCAGCCGCCGGCUCCAUUGCCAACUUCGGCUAAUAGCUCUCAGCCAGUACAAAAAAAUAUCGAAACUAAUUUUUAUUUCUCUAUCAGAAAUUUACACACAAUGUCACCCAUGUAUAUCGAAGCUAUGCAUGAAAAAGCAUUUUUAGUGAUGCGUAUGUUAGAGCAUAGAAUUGGUCAAGAAUUACUUUUGCAAGUUUUUAAUAAACAAUUAUCGUUAGCUUCGAAUGCGGCCGGUCAAAAAAUUGGAUCUGGUUUAUGGGGGCAUAUGCUUAUUAGCACUAAUGUUUUUACUAAAGCUAUAUUUACCGUUACUGGAAAAGAUAUGGCUGUUUUUGUUGAUCAAUGGGUAAGAACUGGAGGUCAUGCUAAGUUUCAUUUAACGUCAGUAUUUAAUCGAAAAAGAAAUACAAUUGAAUUAGAAAUUCGUCAAGAUGCAACUUCACAAACGGGAAUUCGUAAAUACGUAGGUCCACUUUUGGUGACACUCCAAGAACUUGAUGGUACAUUCAAACACAUGCAACAAAUCGAAAAUACCGUUGUAAAAGCUGAUAUAACGUGCCAUUCAAAAAGUAGGAGAAAUAAAAAAAAGAAAAUUCCUUUAUGUACAGGAGAAGAGGUUGAUAUGGAUUUGAGUGCAAUGGAUGAUUCACCUGUACUUUGGGUACGAUUAGAUCCAGAGAUGACUUUAUUGAGAUCCGUUGUGAUUGAACAACCCGAUUAUCAAUGGCAAUAUCAGUUGAGGCACGAAAGGGACGUUACAGCUCAAAUGGAAGCGAUUGUUGCAUUGGAAAGAUAUCCGACACCAGCUACAAGAUUAGCGUUGACCGAUACAAUUGAAAACGAGCAAUGUUUUCAUAAAGUUAGGUGUAGGGCGGCUCAUUGCUUGACUAAGGUUGCUAAUGAUUUGGUUGCAAGCUGGGCUGGACCACCGGCUAUGUUAACAAUUUUUAGAAAAUUUUUCGGUUCUUUUGCAGCACCGAAUAUAAUUCGUCAAAACACGUUUCAAAAUUUUCAACAUUAUUUUCUUCAAAAAACAAUUCCUUUGGCUAUGGGUGGACUUAGAAAUGCACACGGAAUUUGUCCACCGGAAGUAAUACGUUUUUUACUCGAUUUAUUUAAAUAUAACGAUAAUUCAAAGAAUAGAUACUCAGAUAAUUAUUAUAGAGCCUCUUUGGUGGAAGCUUUAGGUGCUACAGUAACUCCUGUUGUUUCUGUUAUGCAACAAGGAGCACCAAUUACUUCAGAAAGUUUAAGUGCUGACACCAAAUUGGUUUUGGAAGAAAUUACGAGGAUGUUAAAUUUGGAAAAAUCGGUUCCUUGUUAUAAAUAUACCGUUACUGUGGCUUGUUUAAAAGCUAUAAGGAAAUUGCAAAAAUUUGGGCAUUUACCGAGUAGAUCAACUUUGUUUAAGAGUUAUGCUGUUUAUGGACAAUUUAUUGACGUUCGUUUAGCUGCUUUUGAAUGUUUGGUUGAUUUUGUAAAAAGCGACGGACGUCUAGAUGAUCUUCAACAUCUCUUAGAAAUAGCUGAAAAUGACCCAGAUCCCGGAAUACGUCACCGAUUAGUUCGUUUAUUAGUAAUAAAUCCUCCAUUUGAGAAAGGAUACAGACAUCGGUUAGAUGUGCCUGAUUUAGUCGAUAGAAUUUGGACAAAUAUAAAUGGGAUGUUAUCACAUGAUUCAAAACUUCGGUGUGAUUUUGUUGAUUUAUAUUACAAAUUGUAUGGAAUUAAACGACCUUUGUGCUUACCGAUACAAGAACUUAUCGGGAUUUUGAAACCACCAAAAGUUCACGAUGAAAUCAAACGAAAACCUCAUUUCACUCAUAUCCCUCCUGUUAGUACAGUAGAUGUAAAACCACCGCCGCCUAUUGAGAAGGAAGGUCCAAACACGGUUGUUAUAGAAGAAAAUGUUGAGUGCGUGAAUAUGGAAGUGGUCGUUCGCGAUGGAAUUAAAGAGGAAGUGGUUGAAGUUAACUCGGAAACCAAAACGUUUACAAAACAAGAAUACUUUUCUGAUAACUCAGUUUCCUUACCUGGAUUAAUGGGUCAACAUGGUCCCGUCAGUUUUGAACCUGGAAUAUUUAAAAAGGACGGGGAUCCUAAACAUAAUAAGUCCGAUCCAACAAAGGUUAAAAAGAAGAAGAAAGACAAGAAGAAGCAUAAGCAUAAACAUAAACACAAACACGAACAUAAACAUAAGGAUAAAGAUAAGAAGGAAAAAGAAAAGGAUAAAGAUCCAAAUAAAUUGAAAAUAAAGGAGGAGACAUUAAGUUCUGUUAGUUCCACACCAAGUCCGAAUUCGCAUUCGUUAGGGGAUACUUUGUGAACGUAAUUAAUUAAUUAAUUAAUUUGGAAAUGUUUAUACUAUAAAAAAUUACUUUAUAAUAA